AUGGGUCUUUCACUGUCAAGGUGGUUGCAAAGCAGGACAAAAGUGCAUGUGCCUUCCCUUUCUGCUUUCAAUUCUCUGGCCGUCCCGAUGUCCUCUCGCCUCAAUGUCAUUUUAAACGACUCUCCAGUUCCUCCAGGACACAGUUGCUCACGUUGGAGCUCAGUCCACUGCUCCCCUCACUUCCUUCUGUCUGCUGACAGGGAGGAAGUGAUGCGUUUACCCGUGGAGUUGAGCAGCGAUGGGGUAAGGGCAGAAAAAGGGUUAAAAGACGGGCUUCAUGUGUGGGAAGUGACGUGGAAGCCCAACCAGAGAGGAAGUCAUGCAGUUUUGGGCUUAUCCAGGCAGAGUUGUCCUCUGCAGGCCUCUGGAUACAAUGUACUGGUGGGGGCAGAUUCCCAGUCUUGGGGCUGGGAACUCCAAAGCAAUCAUCUGUGGCAUGAUGGACAAAGUCAGGGAACAUACCCAGAAAAGAGCUGGAGAUAUUACAGUAAAGCAGAGGCGUUUCCGCCAUGGUCUUCCCAACUCGUCACACCAGGUAGAGAGGUGCCAGAUGUACCUCUUACCAUCCCUGAGCACAUCCUUAUGGUUUUAGAUGCAGACGCAGGUACUAUUGGAUUUAUUGUCGAUGGGCACUUUCUCGGUGUUGCAUUCAAAGACCUCCCUCGUGGAGUGGAGCUGUUCCCAGCGGUGAGCAGCGUGAGGGGAGGAGCCUGCAUACGACUGCGAUACCUGAAUGGCGCCAUUUCUGAACCCCCAGCCUUGAUGGCUUUGUGUAUACUGCUCAUACGCCAUCGUGUAGGCCUCCAGAGGAAAAAUCACAUGGACAAGCUGUGUCUUCCCCCUGCUCUCCAGCACUACCUUCUUUCGAGUCACUAG